UUGAGCUAUUGAGCCGCAGCGAGGCUGGGCUGGCGGGAGACUCGCCCUGAUGUCCUUACGGGUGUGAACCUUGAACAGAGCGGACACUUCUUUAAAAACACCCGGCUCAGAGGCGGUGGAGGGGACGCAUUCCAGGUGAAAGUGCUGCCUCUCGGCCGGGGAGUGUUCCGCUAACAGGCACCGAAGCUGCGGAGGCAUGGCGCGGGACUACGAUUACCUCUUCAAGCUGCUCAUCAUCGGCGACAGCGGUGUAGGGAAAAGCAGUCUACUGCUGAGGUUUGCAGACAACACAUUUUCAGGUAGCUACAUUACCACCAUCGGUGUGGAUUUCAAGAUCAGGACAGUGGAGAUAAAUGGAGAGAAGGUGAAGCUUCAAAUUUGGGACACGGCGGGACAAGAAAGGUUCCGUACCAUCACUUCUACGUACUACAGAGGCACACACGGGGUGAUAGUGGUUUAUGACGUCACGAGUGCAGAGUCCUUUGUAAAUGUCAAACGGUGGCUUCAUGAAAUCAACCAGAACUGUGACGAUGUUUGUCGAAUACUAGUGGGUAAUAAAAAUGAUGACCCCAACUCAAAGGUGGUGGAGACCAAUGAUGCACAGAAGUUUGCUGAGCAAAUGGACAUCAGGCUUUUUGAAACUAGUGCCAAGGAGAACAUCAAUGUGGAGGAUAUGUUCAACUGCAUCACAGAGCUUGUUCUAAAGGCAAGGAAAGAGUCUGUGGCCAAGCAGCAGCAGCAACAACAGAGCGAAGUGGUGAAACUCAGCAAGAACAGCAAACGCAAGAAGAAAUGCUGCUAACAGACUGAACGCUCUUACACCAGCUGAGAGCCAGCUGAACAUGCCACUGAACUGACAAGAGCCAGAAAACACAAAACGCAGUGUCCCGGGAGAGACAAGCCAAAUAAAAGUUAUAAGAUGUAUCUAUAUUUAGAUUUACUAAUGAAAUUCUCGACGAGCCCUUUUGGACUUGGGAAAUCUUAAAGGACUUGUACAGAUUUUAAACCGGAAUGGGUUCAAGUGGCACCCAUGUCCCUGCUGCAAGGGUCAGGGAAGACCACUGCCAUAAAGACUUUUAAAGAGCUUGAAUUGCUUUCCUUCAUAUCUGGCCCCACUAUCUCUCCCACCCACACACCUAUUUUUGAAAUGUUGGGAGCUGACAAGAAGGGCCAGAUCUCCAAAUCUCAUCUUGUUUUCAGUCGUAAGCUUGAGUUUGAGUGUUCUGUGAUCUCUUGCCACGGUGCCAACCGACAGAAUAGGAUGGGUAAUAAUGUGUUGAGUCAUAAUGUCAAUUUAUACAAUAUCACUGAAGCCAAUUAGAGAACUGACAUCAGGAUUCUUCUGGAAACCCCUCCUCUUUCCUAUUAAGCACCCAGUCAUGUCCUCAUGCGCCUCUGAUAGACAGCCAAAUGAAGUCACAGACAGAAAGCCUGGCCAUCCGUGGACCAAAUGCUCGCUCUGCUGCCAAUCUCUCAGAGACAAGUGUUUUGCCUUUUUGCUCGUUUGUUUCUUUCGUUCUUCUGUUUCUUUUUGUAAAUUUGUAUUUUUUUACUAACAGAACUAUUCCACUGUAAACAAUCAAACACAUGGGUAGCGUUCAUGGAAUUUGGUGCCAGUGAUUGGACCUUUUUGCUCUCGCAGUGCAGGAUGAAUUCAUUGGACCUCAGUGCAGUGAAGUGACUGAACCUGACUGAAAAAUGGUUCCUUGGAAACAGAUGACUAUCUGUUCUAAUCGAGAACAAUAUUGGACGCUGCUGGUUUUAGUGGAAGGAAAAAGGGUCAGACUUUCAAGAAUGUGGACUGUUUGACACUUCGAAGAAAUCAUCUCAUGAAUGCGCACACAAAUAACGCCACAUACCGACAGACCACAUAAACAAUCUUCAUUUUCCAUCUUCUUUUCAGAAUUUCUAUGUAAUUCAGUCGUUACAAUGUAAACAGAGUCCUUCAGAGUGGUUUGACGUGAAACGGUGCAGAGAAACCUACUGAGUCAAUAUUGUUCAUUGUGGUGCUGAUAGGAACAAGUCUGAAGCAUUUACUGCUUCUAAAAGCUUCACAGAAACUUGUUUUGUGAAAUAGUUGCAAAUACUUUUUGGCCUAAAACCUGAAUCCCUUAAUUGCAUAGUUGUAUGUAAGAAAGGAUGUUGUAAGAUAAAAAGUGACCAAAGCAACUUAUUUUGUAAGAUUUACCACUAUUUAACCAUUGUCAAUAUUACAUAUCAAAACUCACAAAACACGGGUAGGUUUACUGGUCAUUUUGAAUAGUAAAUAAAAUGGUUCUGUUGGUUCCUAUCACCUCCACUGUAAGGGAAAUUGGACUUAGUAAGUUUCUGUAUUUCACAUCAAACCACUAUGAAUUACUUUGUUUGUAUUUCAGUGAUUGAAUUAUGCAGAAAUUUUAAAAGAACAGUGAAAUUCCAUUUUAAAAUGCAUGUGUAGCUCCAUUGUAUACGUAGCAGUCAGAUCCAGUUUGUGCAGUGCACCCAUGAUUUGUAAGCAAAGCGCACAUCAAAAUGAAGUUUGAUCAAACUAAAAUCCCCUAUGAUGCACAGGAAACAGGGCUGUUUGCUAGUUUGGUAUCGUAUGCAGCUGUCCAUGGCACAACGGGUCCAUUGAACAUUUAUCAACAACUUUAAAGCCACAGUGAAAUGGACAUGAGCCCUAAUUUAUGUGUGUGCAUAUCAGCAUUGCAGUGCAGUCUAUGUGAUGCACAUACAUAUGAAAAGACACAUAUACAAACACGCAUGUCUGUAUAUGGACACUGAUAUUUGUAUGUGUGUUUAUGUAUGUGUAAACGUGUUGAUCUGGUGUACACUGGAAAAAAGAAACUGAAAUAUUGCCACUCAUUGUUUGCCCCAUCAUGAAUCUAACCGAUAAUAAUAAAACAUUUUAAGAUAACA